CAUAGUCCCUCCGUUUGUUUUGGACAACCUUUUGAAGCAGAAGGUAGGGUAUACCCCAACCGAAGGAACUAAUCCAUAUUAGUAACGACCGAACCUAUCCAUAUUAGUAAAGACUGUCUCUCCUUAUUUCUAUUUAGAUAGUAUUAAAAGAUAUUUACGGAAGUGAUAGAGUUAUAUAGAAAAACAUAUAGUGCUUUAAUUUUCUUAUUUUCUACAAUAUCUUUUGUCCAUCUUCCUCAAGCUAUCAACGUUUAUAGCACAAGCACACACAACCACUAAUGAACCAAAGGGCUUGAGUGAAGAAAGGAAAAAGAAGAUUCUGUUUUCAUUACCUAUUUCUCUCUUCAAUCUAAUGUUUCCUUCUCUAGACACCAAUGGCUAUGACCUCUUUGAUCCCUUCAAUCCCACACAAACAACCAUGCUUCCUUCUUUCACCAGUUACAUUCAAAGCCCUAGUUCUCACCAUCACUACUCUUCGCCAUCUUUUCCUUUCUCUCCAGAUUUUCUUGACAGUUUUAAUGAAUCCUUGUUGAUAAACCAAUUCUUGUUACAGCAACAAGAUGCAGCAGCAAAUGUUGUUGAAUCUCCAAGAAAACUUUGCAAGAAGCUUCAGCUAAAGAAUAAUAAUGAGAAGUGUGUUGAUGGAACCACCUCAGAACAAGUUCCACGGAGAAGAAUGGCCAAAAAAAGGGACAGACAUAGUAAGAUCUGCACGGCUCAAGGUCCUAGAGACCGGAGGAUGAGGCUGUCUCUUCAGAUUGCUCGCAAGUUUUUCGAUCUUCAAGACAUGUUGGGUUUCGACAAGGCGAGCAAGACGAUUGAAUGGCUUUUCUCCAAAUCAAAGGGUUCCAUCAAACAACUUAAAGAAAGAGUGGCUGCAUCGGAAGGAGGAGGACAGGAUGAACAUCUCCAGGUUGAUGAAAAGGAAAAGGAUGAGACAUUGAAGGUGAGAGUCUCAAAGAGAAGAACAAAGACUAUGGAGAGCUCUUGUAAGACUAAAGAGUCGAGAGAGAGAGCUAGAAAACGAGCAAGAGAGAGAACAAUGGCAAAGAUGAAGAUGAGAUUAUUUGAGACCUCGGAAACAAUUUCAGAUCCUCAUCAAGAAACUAGAGAUCAGAUCAAGAUAACCAAUGGUGAACAAUUACUAGAAAGGGAACAUAAAGAACAAGAAUGGAGUCAUACUAAUGUGAACAUGGUUGAGUAUCAAAUGGAUUCUGUGAGCAUCAUAGAGAAGUUUCUUGGACUAACCAGCGACUCUAGCACCUCUUCCAUCUUUGGUGACUCCGAGGAAUGUCACACAAGUCUUAGCUCAAUAAUAGGUACUACUUCACAAGCAGGAAUGUCGACACCAAGGGAACACAACACAACGGUAGAUGAAGAGAAAAGCCCUAUUUCAUCUUUUUCUCUAUAUGAUUAUCUCUGCUACUGAUGAUUAUGCGGCUCCAUCCUUAUGAGGUAUUUGGACUUUAUGAUCUAUGCAUGAACAUAAGAGCCUCAUGAGCCAAAUCUAUUAUAUAGAAAUGUAGCUAGAGAUUUGUGUGUGUGAACGAGAGGGUUUGGUCUGCCUAAUUUGUUUGAGGCUUUGGAGUACUGCUUGAUUGAUGGAUCUAUAUAUAUAUUUUUUUUUCUAUUUUUCUGGUUUCAUUUAGUUGAUUUUCUUGCAAGUUUCUAAUUCUCUGGCAUUUAUUUGUAAUUGUUGCUAUUUGUCUUCUGUAAUUAGUUCAAAUAAGUGCCUUUUUAUAUAUGUUAGUGUUGGGAAAUUUUCAAAGGUAUUUCACAAGCACACAAACAAAGCCAAUUUAUAAGAUUGUGAUGGGCACAAAUCGCUAGUCUAAGUAUAGGAGCUUUAAUUACCACAUUCCAAAAUGUGUAAGAUAUAUAAGACAAUAAUUUAGAUAUGUUAGACUUUGUUCUACUUAUUUUGUCAAUUAACCAUAUGUAUGAGUAUUAACUAGUGUUCUAAAAACCACUUAGAUGGUAUUUAUGUAUUAUACAUACACAUGUAGUACUGAUUUCAUAAACGUUGUGUCUAGCUUCUACUGGAAAACGUUUUCAAACUAGACAUUGAUUAAAUCAUUUUGAGUUGGACUAGACGGGUUAAUAAACAGAUCAUCAUUUUAAGCACGUUAGAAGUUAGUUAAUUGUUCUCGAACUAUUAGAUAUCGAUUAAUCGUUUUUAGAUUGGCUAUUUGUAUAUAUAUUUUAGGGAAAAAAAAUCAUUGUUUUAGGACUGAAUUGAGAAAAUGUUUUCCUAUAAACUCAUACAAUUCUUUUCUUUUUUUUUUUCUAAAAUUGCAGCCACUCUAACUUCCAUCAUGUCAAUUUUUCUCCCAAAUUCUCAAUCACUGUUUUUCUUCUACUUUCUUGAGUUGGGUGCAGUGAUAUGCUUAAAUUUACAGUAGGUUCUUUAUUAGAAAAGAAAACAUUUUCUUAAGACGGUGUUUUAGUAAUGUGAAUUUUUUUUGGUUUGAUUUGUGGAUUAUUAUAGUCUUAACAGGUUAGCACCAACGAGUUUCCUUGACAUGCAUUUUCCCUGCUUGCAUGGCAAAAACCUCCAUGCAUCUAAUGAUUUAAUAAAAUAUACCCUUUUUACCAAAAAGUGAAAUUGAUUAUCAACAUAACGGAAUUCUAUAAACUUCUACCAAUAUAAAAUGAACGAACGGAAACUCUCAACAAUCAACAUCAGAAAUGACAAUGUUUCUCCUUCGAAUUUCAGUGUGAGUUGAAGUUCUAACCAUGAAAAAACCUAAUCGAAGCAUAAGUUAUCAAAGAAAAGAAAAACAAAGUGAAACUUAUGUUUAAUCACACGUUAAAAUAAAAAUGAAAUAGCAAUGGAUCAUGAUCAUCAUCAUCAUCAUCAUGCCCUAGCGAUAGCAGAAGUUGAAGUAGCAAAAUACCAAUGAUACACGCAAUGGGCCUUAGGCCCAGAAACAUCAAAUGUUCUUCUAAAUAAUGGGUUCACUAAUACACUAAUUUUAAGGUCAUACGUGGGUAAAGUAUCAAGAUCGAUCCAACCAAUUCAAACGAAAACUGAGACGAAGAUAAUCUAUAAGCCGAUUAUUUUUUCAUAAAUCCAAAAAUCGAACCCAAUAUUAGUAAGGACCAAACCAAAGCAAAUAAACCGAAUUAAAAUUUUGUAUUAAUUAAAUAAGACUGUAAUUAAAAUAAAAUAGAUAUAAUCAUAUUAAAUUGAUUAAAUCAUUAUAUCUUUAUAUCAAACUGCAUCAAACCGAAUAAAUCUAAUUCUGUAAAACAAACACAACCCAAAUCUAGAAAAACCGAACACCUCUAAACAGAUCAUACCACCAAAAAAAAAACUAAUUCUAUAUAUGAAUUUGAUUGUUUAAAUUCAUAUAUAAAAGCCAAUGUGUCAAAAACUCAUUCUAUUAAUAAAAAAUAUACUGUAACAUUAACAACUGAAUUAAUUAAAAAAGACAUUUAACAACUGCAAAACAUGACUAUACUGUAAAAUUGUGCAUACAUAUUCUUUCUUUUCUGCCAUAAAACAAAAUGCAUAGGUUUCAGGUUGUUUGAUUACUUUUUAACAGCAGAAUUUCGAAUAUUCAAGGAGAAAAACAGAAGAGGCACUUUUCUCAGAUCUAGCUACUAGAAACAGAUGAACAGAGGAGAUACUAACCUGUAAUGUAAUAUCCUCCUUGUUUUUUUUUUUUCCAUUCUCUCAGGGCCAGCUACUUUUGAUCAUGGGUGUAUCUUUAACUACCCAAACCAUAUAUUCUGACAAGAGUGAAGCAGAAGAAGAAACACAAAGGUACGUUAAAGGCGAAAACCUCACUCUCUGCUUUAAAAGCCUUUAAAAAAAUAUGGAGCAGAAUAGAGGAAAUAAAGAAAGACAUAAAAGUAGCAGUCUAGAUUGUGUAAUUGUUGACAAAAAAAAGAUUGUGUAAAUGUGUCAAAAGAUUUGAUCAUGUCUGAUUUAAAGGAAAAAAAAAACAUAAAUAGAGUCGAUCGGUUUUGCAGACCCAAGCAUGGUUUUUCAGCUAGGUCCAAUCAGAUUCGGAUCAGUCACUGGACUUUUUUUUUUUUUUU